GCGCGGGCGCGAGCUACCGGGGCUUCGGGUUGGCGGCGGCGGCAGCGGCGUCCCGCGCAGGCUGGGGCCGCCGAGGCUCGCCAUGCCGGCAGGACUCUAGCUCCCCUAUGGAGUCAGCCGACUUCUACGAGGCGGAGCCGCGGCCCCCGAUGAGCAGCCACCUCCAGAGCCCCCCGCACGCGCCCAGCAGCGCCGCCUUCGGCUUUCCCCAAGGCGCGGGCCCCGCGCAGCCUCUCCCCCCACCUGCCGCCCCGGAGCCGCUGGGCGGCAUCUGCGAACACGAGACGUCUAUCGACAUCAGUGCCUACAUCGACCCGGCCGCCUUCAACGACGAGUUCCUGGCCGACCUGUUCCAGCACAGCCGGCAGCAGGAGAAGGCCAAGGCAGCCGCGGCCCCCGCGGGCGGCGGCAGCGACUUCGACUACCCCGGCGCCCCGGCGGGCUCCGGCGGCUCUGUCAUGCCCGGCGGGGCGCACGGCCCCCUUCCUGGCUACGGCUGCGCGGCGGCCGGCUACCUGGACGGCAGGCUGGAACCUCUGUACGAGCGCGUCGGGGCGCCGGCGCUGCGGCCGCUGGUGAUCAAGCAGGAGCCGCGCGAGGAGGACGAGGCGAAGCAGCUGGCGCUGGCCGGCCUCUUCCCCUACCAGCCGCCGCCGCCGCCGCCGCCGCACCCGCACCCGCCGUCCGCGCACCUGGCCGCCCCGCACCUGCAGUUCCAGAUCGCGCACUGCGGCCAGACCACCAUGCACCUGCAGCCUGGCCACCCCACGCCGCCACCUACACCCGUGCCCAGCCCGCACCCAGCGCCUGCGCUUGGCGCCGCCGGCCUGCCAGGCCCAGGCGGCACGCUCAAGGGGCUGGCGGCCGCGCACCCAGACCUUCGCGGGAGCGGCGGCGGCGCGGGCAAGGCGAAGAAGUCGGUAGACAAGAACAGCAACGAAUACAGGGUUCGGCGCGAGCGCAACAACAUCGCGGUGCGCAAGAGCCGCGACAAGGCCAAGCAGCGCAACGUGGAGACGCAGCAGAAGGUGCUGGAGCUGACCAGUGACAAUGACCGCCUGCGCAAGCGGGUGGAACAGCUGAGUCGCGAACUGGACACGCUGCGGGGCAUCUUCCGCCAGCUGCCUGAAAGCUCCCUGGUCAAGGCCAUGGGCAACUGCGCGUGAGGCGCCGCGGCGGGACCGCCCUGGGCCGGCCCCUGGCGGGGACCUGGGGAGUGGUUUCGGGUCGCCGGAUCUCGAGGCUGCCCAAGCCUCGCAAGCCAGGACUAGGAGAUCCCUGAAUGCCUGGCCUGUCCCGCGUGUCCCCGCCCUUCCUCUGCGCUGGACUCGGCGCCUCUGAGAUGAGGGGCCAGGCAGUGGCUUCUCCCUGGGAGAGGGGAGAAGCGCACUGGGGCUGAGCCGGGAGCCCGGCAACUCUAGUAUUAAGGAAUAACCUUGUGCCUUGGAAACGCAAACUCACCGCUCCAAUUCCUACCGAGUAGGGGGAGCAAAUAUGUGCCUUGCCAUUUUAUUUGGAGGGUUCCUGCCUCCUUCCUGAGGCUGCAGCAAGCCCCCAUGAGAGAAGAAAGGGUGGAGACCCACGCAGGAGGAAAGUUCAGGUAGCUGAUCCUACCAGGCGAGUUCUCUGCACCUCUCCUUGCAGGGGAAGAAACACAGGGACUGGGAGCUUUGAACCCGAGGUUGCUCCCCUAGGUCUGCAGGAAGGAGAGGGUCCCUAGUCCCUCGCCUCUCCCCUCCAAGCCUGCAACAGGCUGGGCUUCCCCUGGCCGACUCACUGAGAUGGGGGUCACCAGGUGAACGCUGGGAGUACCCCCUCCCCAAGCCAGACCAGAAAGCUAGGCCAUAGGUUAGCCAUAAGGACAUGUGUCCAUGGGAGUGGUGGCCUGGUGGAAGAGAGGAACUAGAGUUCUUGUCUGGGGCUGGGGGGGCGGGUGGUGGUGGUGAAGGGACACUGGGAGCAUCGCCUUGUCCCUUCUGUGUGUCACCAGCUUGCUAUAGAAACAUGAAGGACAAUCAGUCCAUCCCAGAGGGACCGGAGUUACAAGAAGGUUUCCAGAUAUUUUGCUUCAUCAGCCGAUAUCAACGCAUGUGUCUGGCCUCUCUGUGUCCCAGAGGUGCCUUGUGCAAUGUGAAUGUGCAAGUCUCUGCUAAACCACCAUUUUAUUUGGUUUUUGUUUUGUUUUGGUUUUGCUCAGAUACUUGCCAAAAUGAGACUCUUGGUCCGCAGUGUGGGGGAGGGUCCGAGGCUCUCUUUCCUUUUGGUUUUGGAAUUGCUUUUGCUCCAGUGGGACCAAGGAGGUGAGGUGGGCUUCCCCCUCCCCCUCAGCUUUCUCUGGGGGUGGUUGUGGGCCUCGGUCCCCUCCAGCCCAAGCUGCCCACAGGAUUGGCCCCCCAGAGGCCCUGGCUCCAGGUCUGGAAAGGAGGCGGCUCCUAGCCAACAUGCAGCCGGGAACACAGUUGCUGGGGGCCAGGGCAGGAAAGGACAGUUUGAGUCUCGUGUUUUUGGGAGAUCAUAGAGUUUCAUGCUAGGGGUUUUAUGUAUUAUAUCUAUAAUAUAAACGUAUCAA